GAUUCGCACGACCUCACUCCGCACCGCCACAUUAUACGUUCAUGCUCCGCACCGUCCGCAACGCCAGCGUUGCAGCAGCCCAGGACGCCCAGCCGACCUGAACACCUCUCUCGAGCGCGACCGUCGUCUAGUGUUUUCGGCUUUCGCCCGUAGUGCGCAUGCGCGUGUGUUGGUGCGCACACCUGGUCGUGUGUUUUUCUCUGCGCCCGCGCGCUUGUGUGUGUGUGCGUGUAUCCGAGUUCUGUUUAUUGUGCGUGUGUGCGUAAGCGUCUUUAUUCUGCGUGUGUGUGUGCGUGUGUGUUUGUGCACAGCACUUACGCCGUUUGGUAUCCUGGCGAUUUUUCGCCUUCCAGCGUCCGUUUAUAUCGUUGUCGUCGUCGACACCGCUGCGUCGUCGUCGUUGUCGAAAUCUAAGCCGCCACCGUCGUCGUUUCAAAACGUCGCACCGUCGUCUCCGCGACGGUUACUGUCACGUAGCGAAACACGCCCGCGUGAACGAUAGGGGUUCCCAGGGACCGGACACGCGUCGUCGUCGUCGGCACGCCGUCCUGCGGCUGUGCGCGCGCGAACGCAACCGUGGAAACCGCACGCUCUCGGAGAUGUGACCGUCGGACUCGUGGCACAGCCGCAGACGCUAGCCGCAAGCACGCGGUCCAGUUGACGCUAGCCGCUGCGUCCGCAGCCGCCAGUCGCAACAUGGCGUCGUCCAACACGGAUUCGCCUGGUACAAUUUAUAGAUGGAUAGAGAGGAAGCCACUAACAGAAGCAGUUACAUGGACAUCUAGAGAAAAAUUUUGGUUAAUUACAGCUGCAUGUCAUUAUGGGACUCAUGAUUGGAAAUCAGUUGCUCAAGUUGUUAGAAAUGCGGGAGAACCGUAUAGACCUCGAGAAUGGUAUACACCAAAAAGCUGUGAGCGCCAGUUUAAAAUUCUUGUAUCUAAUCUUAGCAAAGAAGUAAAGUCAUUGCCCCUUAUUGAUAUGCUGCAACAUAUUGCUGAAGGUUUAAAAAAUGAUUACAUUCGAGAUGCUAAUAAAUCAAAAGAUACUUUAAAAUCAAAGUACUGUAAUUUAUUCAGUGUUUUGAAUCGUGUGAAACAAGGAAAUCUGUCAAGAAAUGAAGUUGUUAGUCUUUAUUCACAAGCAAGAAGAAAUGAAAUUGAAGGUAAACAAUAUAUGGAUCAACUUAUGACUAGGCAAAAUGCUAGUUUAGCUUCUGAAAAUUCAAGUUCUGGGUUAAUAGAAGAGCAGCCAAUUAAGUGGAAUACGCCAUCCGCACCACUAUUAACGAGUCUUUUAAGAUCUCGUAAUACUAUACCAGCUAAUAGAACUGCUACUACAAUUGCUUCUUUAUUACAAUCUCCUGGUGGCACAUCAAGGACUAGAUCAGGAAAAUUAUUACCAUCAACCCCCAUCAUUCGAACUACACAAGGAACUCCUACACUUUCUAAACUCCUUGAAGCUCCAGCAAAUCCUUAUAUAUCAAGUCCACCACAAUCAACACAGAAGAAUAAGUUAAGUGAAGUUGGAACAGAAAAGCUUGUGAAUACUUCUAGAAAAGAGAACUCGCAGUCAACAUCAUUAAAUAAAGUACGAGUAGAUAAUAUAACAACCCUUGGGUCUUUAAAUCAAAUCAAUAAAUCUGAUUUAUCUGCUUCGAAGAAACAGAUAUCCAAGACCCCGGUUUCUGCUGUUAAAAAUGGAUCGAAAGCAAAUUCAAGUGUUGUUAAUCUAUUAAGUGACAGUGAAACUGAUGAAGACACUAAAAAUACCACUCUUAAAAGUUCGUUUGGAGAUAAAAAAGAUACUAGUAGUAGAAUUGAACCUAGAGCAACAAGAAGUCAAACUCGAGCAGAAGGCGGUGUUAAACAAUUGAAUGAUACUAAACUGUCUGAUGGAAAGAAAGAACGUGAAACGUUGCGACAACAAAGUGGGGAAUCUCAAAUUAACGAAACUCAUUUAAUUGAUGAUGAUCUGCUUGAUAUAGACCAAAUUGAAGUUGAACCAUUAUCAUCCGUUCAAGAUGAAAUACAAACUCAAACUCCUUCUAAAAUGACACGGUCUUCCUUGCAAAGACUUCGUCUAUCAAAUCCGGGAGAUAAUGUAUUGACUAAUAAUAAAGUUAAUAGUAAAGGAACAAGUAAUAAAAUGUUAGAGAAAAUAUCUGUACAUCCAGAUUUUAAAUGCUUGUUGGGCAACGUCGUAGAUGAUCUUUCUUUUGAUGUGCAUGCUUGUAAAGAUGCUAUUACGUUACGCAAAGAUAGCCGACCUUUGCAAAAUACAUUGACUACAUAUGAUGGUAAACUAUUAAAACAAAAAGGAGUAAUUGAAAUAAAAGCAUCAAGUAUAAGGUGUAUUGAUAGUAGAAAUGAUUCAAAAUUGGUGUCAUUUACCAACCACCCUAUGGUAGUAGUUAACAAAAUCAAGAAACCUUUAAACAUGAAAUUUGCUUCAGAGCAGAUAAAUAAAACUAAUGAUAUUCAAGUCUCAAACACCGAUGUUAAUAAACCUAUUAGAUUGAAUAAUAGUUCCCUUAAUGUGGUUAAGUUAAUUGAUAGUAGUUGUUCAUUGCCUGCCGAUGAAGUUAUUAUUAUUGAUGAUGAUAUAAAUAUUAACGAAGAUAAUAGGACAACAAUGAAAGCGAAAGAGUUAUUAAGUAAAGUUGAAUCAAAAACCUUUCCUUCUACUGUUUCAAGUAAUUCAAAAUCAACAACACUUCAAUUGGAUGAAAAAAUAAAUAAAAAUGAUAAAACACCAUGGAAUAUGUUUGGAAAAGCCCAAAAUAUUUUAGAUGCUACAAAAAAACAGAGUCUUCAAGAUAGUGUAACGAAAAGUAGAACAAAUAGUAACAUAAAUGAGUCCAACCAAUUCAUUAAAGAACUAGAUUUCGAUUUUGAUCAAUCGAUCUCUCAAACAUCCUUGUCUGAAUUAUAUAAUGGCGUUGAAGAAAUUGUCGAAAUGCACUCUUUUGAUAAUGAAGAAUUAAAUUCUUUGAUUGAAUGUGGUUCGUUAGAUAGUAAUGAAACGGAGGAACGUAUAGAUACAGUUAGUGUGGAUCAAGGUGAUUCUUCUGUAAGUGAAAGUGAUUCAACUAUUGGAGCUUUUGAUACCUUUGCUCAGAUUACAAGAGUACGACAAAAGUCAUUUACUUCAAAAGACAUUAAAGAUACCAAAGAAUCAAAGACUACAAACCAAGGAGUAAAUCACUUAAAAGAGAGUUUUUGUCCAUCUGAGGAAAUUUAUGACGAUCAAAGCUCUACAGUAUCAGUCACCGGAAUACCUGUUUUACAGGGUGUAAUAUCAGAUGUUAUGAGUCAAAUUGAUUUAGAUUGUGUUGCAUCUAAUAAAACCAUCACCCCACAUAAAGUACCUAUUACUGAUGUUGUUGAAAUAAGUAGUGAUGAGGAAGUGACUGUGGAUGUUCCAAAAUCACAUCCCUUAAGUGUCAAGCAAAUUCAAACACAAGAAAAAGAAGUGAAAUCUUAUAAAUUAAAGGAAGAUGAAUUGAUACAAAUACAUGAAAUAGAAGCUAAAAUGUACAAUAGGGUUACUAUAAAACGAGGAACAAGUACCAGUAAACCAAUUAAUAUUGAAAUGCCACCGUGCGUCAUUGUUAGAAAUAUUACAUCUGAUGCCGAUAGAGUAGCAUGUAAUAAAAUAUUAGAAAUUAAAAAAGAUACUGGUCAGAAACAUCAGGAUAUUGAAAUGAUGACGCUUGUCUCAAAUGCUGGUAGUAAAAGGGAUGAAAAUGAAUUGAAUGUGAUUCAAACACAAAAAAUAACAGUAAAAAGUGCCAAUGAAAAAUUACUAAAAGAAACUGAAAGAAUGAAAAAAGAAGCUAAAGAAAGCGAAGAAAGAAAAAAAAAAGAAGCUGAAAGAAAGAAUAAAGAAAACGAAAGAAUGAAACAAGAAGAUAAAGAAAGAAAGACAAAAGAAGAUGAUGAAAGAAAGAAAAAAGUAGAAGACGAAAGGAAGAAAAUAGAAUUAGAUAGAAAGAAAAAAGAGCUUGAAAAGAAACUGCUAAAUGAUUUAUACGAAAGAAAAAAAAAAGAAGAGGAAGAAAGAAAGCACAGAGAAAAUAAUGAAAGAAAGAAAAAAGAAGAAAAUGAAAGAAAGAUAAAAGAAUUACAAGAAAAAAUGAAAAUAGAAGAAGAACGAAAAAGACUUGAGAAAAUAGAAGAAGAAGGAAAGAAUAAAAUAGCAAUGGAUAAAAGGUUAAAAAUAUUUUACGAUAGGCUUAAAAAAGAUUUGGUAACUGAUGAAAAUAAACAAUUAGCUAGUAGAGUAGUAGUUAAAGAGGAAAUUGUUGAUGAGUGUGUUGAUGAAAUUUUAGAAGAUAUUAUUGAUGAAGAUAUUUGUAUAAAAAAUGAAUAUAGCGGAUGCAUUGAAUUUAACGAAUAUAAUCCAUACAAUCAAUACAAUCAAUAUAAUGAAUACAAUGAACAAAAUGAAUGCAAUGAAAACAAUAAAAACCAUGAAUACCUUGAAAACAAUAAAAACAAUGAAUACCUUGAAAACAAUAAAAACAAUGAAUACCUUGAAAACAAUAAAAACAAUGAAUACCUUGAAAACAAUAAAAACAAUGAAUACCUUGAAAACAAUAAAAACAAUGAUUAUAAUAAUGAAUACAUAAAUGAAUAUAACCAUGAAUUUAACAAUGAAUAUAACAAUGACUAUUAUCAUGAAAAUCAUAUAGAGUAUGAUAAUGAAUGUAAUAAUGAAUAUAACGAAUAUAAUGAUUAUCAUAAUGAAUAUGAUGGAUAUAAUGAUGAAAUUGUUGAAAGAAUAAGAAUGCCAAAUGUUAUUUCUGAAGAAAUAAGUAAGAAAUAUAUUUUAAAUAUUAGUUCAGAAGAAUUGACUCAAAUAAGAGAUUAUGAAUUACAAUCGAUAGAAGAAUCCAUUAAAAAACGAAUCAAAAGUAAAACAUUUAAAAGAAAUGAAGACUUGAGAAGUAAUAAAGAAUUAAGAGUAAUUCUACCAAGAGAUGUUCAAGUACAGAGAGAAUAUAUCGCGUUCCAAAGAUUAUCUAUUGAGCGACAAUCUAAAAAUCUGAGGAAGCUGAAAAACCAAGAGCUGUAGAAGUUGAAAUUCAAAGAUCUAAGAUAGCUGAGAGACAAAGAGCUGAUGAAAUGGCAUCUAGAAAAGUUAAAGAAGCAGAAAUGAAAAGAGUUAAAGAUUUUGAAUUAGAAAGAUUCAAAAAUGAUAGGAUAAAAAUAGUUAAAGAAGUUGAAACAAAAAAACAUAAGGAAGCCGAAUUACGAAAAAAUAUUGCUGUUGAAGAAACAGAAAUAAAAGGAUUGGAUAAGAGAUCUACUUU